AUGAGGCGGUCAGGAGAUCAGAUCCUGCGGCAAGGAUCAGCAUUAUUCUCGUUGGCGGCCUUGGGUCUAGCCCAUACCUCGCUAUCAGCCAUUGCCAAGACCUAUGGUCGCGCCAUCGGUGACACCUAUCUGGCCGGGAAUCUGGCAAGCGGAUACACACCGCGGCUUGCUCUGGUCGGCCAAAGCAGAUCUCGACAGCCAGGAUUGGAAACGACACGACACCGCGCCUUCAUGAAGCUGGGCAUCUGCCUUUGGGAGCACUACCUUGCUUAA